AACCCGUGUCGUCAUAGAUGUUCAACUUGGUGUGUCUGCACUUGCCGUGACAGCCUGUUGUUUGGUGCCAUAACUGGCAGCAUUGGCGCCAGAAUAGAAAGUGGCACCGAGAGACGGCUCUGACAAGGGGUAGUCUAUGUAUUAAGGGUAAUCAGAGCAAGGGACAAAGUGCCAUAGUCCAGUGGUGCCCACAUUUUGAUCACUUGUCUGACCGGAGCUGCCCUCCUCAGGAGACCAUCUUAAUGAUCUAUGCAAUUUGCUGCCUCCGGAUUUACUAUGGAGGUGGUGAAGCUAGAGUUGUUGUGCAAGCAGCUUCACGAGGCUAAUGAUGGCGUUCAGCGGCAAGAAGCAGAAAAAGCUCUGGUGGAGUUUCAAUCUGGUCGAGGUGCUGCUACUCUGAGUCAGUGCCAGUUGCUCCUAGAUAGAGCUCAGUCAUCUUAUUCUCAAUAUUUGGCAGCUACCACACUAACCAAGCUUGUGUCAAGAAACCCGUGCACGCUGUCACUGCAGCAGAGAAUAGAUAUUCGAAAUUAUGUUCUGAAUUACUUGGCAACUCGUCCUAAACUUGUUCACUAUGUAACUCAAGGGUUAGUGGUGUUAUUUGGCCGCAUCACAAAGCUUGGCUGGUUUGAUGGUCUUGACAAGGAAAAAUGGGCAUUCAGAAAUGUUGUAGGUGAUGUAUCUCAGUUUCUUCAGGUAAGCGAGAUGAUGUACACAGUGUUGGUGCAGCUGCUUGCCCAGUUGACUGCUGAAAUGAACCAGAUCUCAGAGUCUGAUGCAAAUAAAUCUCUUACUAAACACCGCAAAAUUGCAAGCUCAUUCAGAGACACACAGCUUUAUGAUAUCUUCCAGCUUUCCUGUACACUCCUCAGGACUGCCUUAGAGAAUUCGAAGACCCUUAACUUCAGUGAUGAGAGUCAGCAUGGAUUAAUGACACAUCUUCUCCGGUUAGCUCUAAACUGCCUUACAUUUGACUUCAUUGGUACUUCUGUGGAUGAGAGCAGUGAUGAUUUGGGAACUGUUCAGAUUCCUACAGCAUGGAGACCUGCCUUUCUUGAUUUUUCUACAGUUCAACUUUUCUUCGACCUCUAUGCCUCCUUACCUGCUUCAUUGUCACCUGUGACAUUAUCAUGCUUGGUUCAAAUAGCCUCUGUGAGGCGAACACUUUUUAGCAAUGAGGAACGAGCGAAGUUUCUCUCUCAACUAGUCAAUGGUGUUAGGAAUAUACUACAAAAUCCACAGGGACUGAGUGAUCCCUCUAACUACCAUGAAUUCUGCCGAUUAUUGCUGCGACUGAAGAGCAACUAUCAGUUGGGUGAGCUUGUGACGGUUGAACAUUAUCCAGAUGCCAUCCAACUGAUAGCAAAGUUUACUGUAGAGUCCUUAAAUAUGUGGCAAUUUGCACCAAACAGCGUUCACUACUUACUCUCCUUAUGGCAACGCAUGGUUGGAUCUGUACCCUAUAUGAAGGCUACUGAACCACAUCUCUUAGAAACCUAUACACCAGAAGUUGUUCGUGCUUAUGUAUCUUCUCGGCUCGAGAGUGUGGGUGUGGUGCUUCGUGAAGGUUUGGAUGAUCCCCUAGAUGACGUUACAGUCAUUCAACAACAACUGGAUCAGUUGUCUACAAUAGGUCGGUGUGAGUAUGCAAAAACAUGUGCUUUGUUGGUGCAGCUGUUCGAGCAGACUGCUCAGCGUUACCAAGAGCUAAUAUCAACUCGCAUGAACAGUCGGUCACAGCAACACUCUAUGGAGGAAAUUGCGAUACUGGAAGGUCAGCUGACAUGGUUGGUGUACAUGAUUGGGUCUGCAAUUGGUGGUCGUGUAUCGUUCAACACAAGUGAUGAUCAUGAUGCAAUGGAUGGGGAACUAGUAUGUAGGAUUUUACAACUGAUGAAUUUGACUGACACAUACCUGCCACAAGGAGGCUGUGAACGGAGAGAAUUAGCUACAAUAUCAUUUUUUGAGCAGUUCCGGAAAAUUUACGUUGGAGACCAAGUUCACAAGACAUCCAAGUUCUAUCGGCGUCUUUCUGAAAUUCUUGGACUUAAUGAUGAGUCCAUGGUUUUAGCAGUAUUUGUUAGAAAAAUUAUUACCAACCUUAAAUAUUGGGGCCAUUGUGAACAAAUUUUGACACGCACUUUGACUCUGCUAUCAGACCUGUCCAUCAGUUAUAACAGUGUUCGUAAACUUGUCAAACUUGAGGAGGUGCAGUUCAUGCUCAAUAACCACACGAGAGAAUUCAGGGUGCUAAAACAGUCUGGCCCUCAAAAUAGUGAACAUUUCCCUUUCCUGGGAGUUGGUGUCUCAGUGCAGGAGAUGAGAAGUCGAACUUUGUUUUACACAUCUUUGGGAAGGUUGCUAAUGGUGGAACUGGGGGAGGAUGAGGAGAAGUUUACUCAGUUUAUGAUUCCUAUUACUAGUGCUUUUGACAGUGUAGGUAGACUGCUGGCACAAGCAGAAACUCCAAUGUUCCAGGCAGAAGAAGCGAAGAAAGGAUUAAUAGGCCUUGCAAGGGAUUUACGUGGCUUAGCAUAUGCAUUUAACACAAAGACAUCCUACAUGAUGCUGUUUGAUUGGAUAUACCCAACGUACACUGGUGUUCUGGUAAGAGGUGUUGAAAUUUGGAGUCAUGACCCUCAGGUUACCACCCCGGUACUCAAACUCUUUGCUGAGUUGGUACAAAAUAGAUCUCAAAGGCUCCAGUUUGAUGUCUCAUCGCCUAAUGGUAUCCUACUUUUCCGAGAGGCCAGCAAAGUCAUCUGUACAUAUGGUUCAAGAAUUCUGGCUCAAGGAGACAACAUUCCAAAAGAUCAGAUAUAUCCUAUGAGAUUGAAAGGUAUAAGCAUUUGCUUUUCAAUGCUCAAGGCAGCCUUGUGUGGCAACUACGUCAACUUUGGAGUCUUCCGCCUGUAUGGUGAUGAUGCCUUGGACUCUGCGUUGCACACAUUCGUUAAGCUGCUGUUGUCUAUACCACAAUCUGAUCUCUUGGUAUACCCAAAGUUGUCUCAGACAUAUUAUGUGCUGUUGGAGUGUCUUGCACAGGACCACAUGAAUUUCUUAUCUACCUUAGAACCCAGUGUAUUCCUGUAUGUCCUCUCCUCUAUAUCUGAAGGACUCUCAGCUAUAGACACAAUGGUCUGCAGUGGUUGCUGUGCAACUUUGGACCAUAUAGUCACUUACCUGUACAAACUUUUGCACCAGAAAAGUAAAAAAGGCACAGUAGACCUGGAGACUGAUGCCCUGGUUAAAGUUAUGAAACACCAGCCAUCCAUCCUCCAACAGAUGUUAGCCACGGUUCUCAACAUAAUCAUGUUUGAAGAUUGUAGAAACCAGUGGAGCAUGUCCCGUCCACUUCUACCACUCAUCCUUUUAAAUAAUGAGUAUUUUGGCCAACUGAGACAACAGAUCAUCAGCCAGCAAGCACCGGACAAACAAGGAGCAAUGGCACAGUGGUUUGACAGCCUUAUGGAAGGUAUUGAACCCAAUCUUCUCACCAAAAAUAGAGACAAAUUUACACAGAAUUUGUCAGUUUUCCGUCGUGAUAUAAAUGACUCUCUGAAGGGACCAGUAACUAGUAGUGGUGGAGGUAGUGGGAGUGAAAUGAUGACAUCGUGACGUCAACACUACCACCAAAAUGGUCUCCACUGCAACCCACACCAUAACACCAACUACCACCGUCGUCGCUGCUAUUCUCUCUCCACCACAACCACAUUUACUGAUUCUGCGAUGACUAACACUACCAUUAAUGUUAUGGCAGAUUCCAGUGGCAAUCAUUAUGCUCCUAUGUGGUUGACAUAGUUAUGACAUUAUGGAGUCACUUUGACUUUGCCAGUUUUGAAUCAUAUUUUGUAAUUAGGGAAGUUUUGCAAAUUAAAGGUUACUUUUUUGUACAGAAAUGACAAAUGGGACCUGACAAAACAAUAGUAGCAUUAUGUGUUUUUCUUAAUUUAGAAUCAUCACAGUCUCACCUAAGGAAUCCUAUAAUGUCUGUCCAUGGUAGAAAGUGUGGUAUAUCCAUGUGCAUCCUGACCUGAGCAAAUAUACUGUGCCUCCAGGUGCUUCACCAGGAAGAACAAUAGCCAGUGCUUGUGUAUUGAGCCACCUAUACUAAAUUUCCAGGUAUAAUGAAUGUACAUUUUCUCUUGAAUUCAUUUGCCUGUGAAAAUGGUAUGGGUUAUCACUUUAGGAAAGAGUACAGUGAUAUGUGAAGCAUAAAAUUAGCUUAAGAAAAAAAUGUACCCCUUUUAAAAAGUAAUCUUCAUGGGAGACUUAUUAGGUCAGCUAAGUCUUAGGAUAUGUGAGCAAAAGAUUGGUUAUGCAAGUCAUGCCAUCAGGAGAAGGAUGCAGUCAGAAGUAAAGUUUUAUUAAUUCUUUUGUUAAUUUUGGCUAUUUUAAGAGCAUAAUUUAAUUAUUGAUGUUUUAACAACUUAAAUAAUGUGUUUGUUAUGCAGAAACAAUGUCAGGAGGUGGUACAUUAGAUUAGCUUUCAUUUUUAAUUUGAAUUACUAGAUAAUGAGGAUGUCAUAAAAGUAAUCCUCUGUUAAAAUGGAUAUGUUUAACCACAGCAAGCUGGUUAGUGUUGCUUAAAGUAUAGAAUUGGUCAUUUUUAGCCAGUUCACCCAUCUCAUACAACAUCAGUGCUCGUGUUUCACAAUUUUCAUCUUGUCAUUAGAAAAAUUCACAUUUUUUCAAACCUGUAAAUUUGAUUUUAUGUACAUAAUCUAAAAGAAUUGUGCUAGAGUUCUCUUUUUACAUUGCUAGAAGUUAUUUGCAAGUUAGUGUAUACCUCAUUCACAGACUCUCCUGACCAGAUAUGCAAGAAUGUUUCAGUAAGAAUAUAGAGGUUUGCACUUUGCCAGGUCUUUCAAAUUAAAUGCGAGCCUCUUCAUAUACAAGGAGAGCAGAUGUAAGUACCUAUCAGCCAGUAUAUGUCCCAGCCCAUAUAUACUGAAGGAGACUUGUACAAUGUUUCUGUGAUGGAAUGACAUAUUGUUUAAAUAAAAGGACAAAGUUUA